GGUCAAUGAGUAUCAAUCAAUACAAAUUGGUUGAUACUAAAGUAGUAUUAUGUAUAUGACCUGGUAUCAGGUCACUCGUUACAUGAUUCGUGUAUAACUCAAAUACAUAAAGGAGUCCGAGUUACCAAGUCAGAAAAAUACAAACUUGUGCUUUUUGGUAUUCAGUUUUUCCACCCAACAAAUAUAAAACCGAUCCCAAACCCACUAUGUUAGAACUAUCUCGUAGACCUAGAGUGAAGAUAUCCUGCAGUCAUCCGUUAGUUUCCUGGUGGCUGAUGCAUACUGGAGGUGGAGACCGCCAUGAGUACCUUCCAUGCGAUGGAUGCGGUGACACGGAAGGCACCGCCAUUUACUGUAAAAUCUGCAAAUUCCACGCACAUUUCGAAUGCAUCAUCCAGCCAGACAUCAUCAACCACCCGUGUCACUCCAAACACCCUCUCAAGAAAGUCUUGGCCGAGACAAUUGACUAUACAGAUGGUAAAUGUCAUUUUUGUCGCAGCCCACUUGAUGAUGUGAUGUAUCAUUGUUCCUUAUGUAAUAUCAGCAUAGAUUUAAGAUGUUGGAUAUAUCCCCCACCACUUACUAUUUUUAAAUCAAAGAGCCACAACCAUACAUUCACCCUCAUGGCGAGAAAGGACUCUUUCACUUGUAACGCAUGUGGGAUGGUUGGUGAUCGUAAUCCUUACGUUUGUCUUGAAUGUGAUUUCAUGCUACACAAAGAUUGUGUCGAUUUGCCCAGAGUCAUAAACAUCAAUCGUCAUGACCACCGCAUUUCUCGAACGUAUCAUCUCGGUCACGGUGAUUGGGAAUGCGGAGUUUGUCGCAAACAGAUAGACUGGACCAAUGGAGCUUUCUCUUGCAAGCGUUGUCCUAAUUAUGCUGUUCAUUCAAAGUGUGCAACAAGGAACGAUGUGUGGGAGGGAGAAGAACUAGAAGAUGAGCCUGAAGAGGAAGAAAUUGAAGAUCCAUACAAGGUAGUUAAUGAAAAAGAAAUCAUUCAUUUCAGUCAUGAACAUAAUCUAAGACUUGGUGAUGACAAUGCUGUCGAUUAUGAAAGGUGCCACGCUUGUGUUUUUCCCAUCAAUUCUGAUACAUUCUUCAAAUGUGUGCAAUGCAAGUUUUUCCUUCAUAAAGUUUGUGCUACUCUUCCUCGGAAAAAACGUAAUAUUCUGCACAAUCACAAGCUUGAUCUACAGAUUCAGGAUAUGCCGGGGGAUAUUUUCGAGUGUAAAUAUUGUCUUCAGUUCUUCGAUGGCUUCAGGUACGAAUGUAAAUCCAGCGGUCUCUGUAACGGGUAUUUUUCAGUAGAUAUGUGUGGAAGUCGAAACUAA